UCUGGUGCUACAGGAAGCCAUGGUGGGGGUUCAGCCAUCCAGCUACCUUUCUACAGUGUGUUUUCCCCCUCCCGGGGAAUGAAUCCCCCCAAAAAAGACCCCUGGGACGGGGAGAGGGGGGCGAGGUUUCAGGGGCUCCUCCAGCCCCGAGCAUUCCUCCACCGCCAGGGGGCGCUGCGGCGCCUGCCUCCUCGGCGGCGCUCUGUGCACACAACCGGAAGUGUCUGUGGGCGGGGUGGCCAAGAUGGCGGCGGACACGGCGGCGUCGGGCUUCGAGCACAUGGGGCUGGACCCGCGGCUGCUGAGGGCGGUGGCAGAGCUGGGCUGGGCAACCCCCACGGCCAUCCAGGCCCAGGCCAUCCCCCUGGCAUUGGAGGGCAGGGACCUGCUGGCACGGGCCAGGACGGGCUCCGGGAAAACAGGAGCCUACGGGCUGCCCCUGCUGCACAAACUGCUCAGCAUCAAAGAGGCGUCCCCAGCGCUGCCCCAGGCCGUCCGUGCCCUGGUGCUGGUGCCCUCGGCGGAGCUGGGCCGGCAGGUCGGGCACACCCUGCGCCAGCUCUCGGCCUUCUGUGCCCGCCGGCUGCGUGUGGUGGACCUGUGCUCACAGAGCGACCCUGCUGCCCAGAGGCCCGUGCUGAUGGAGCAGCCUGAUGUCGUGGUGGGCACCCCGGGGCGGGUCCUGGCCCACCUGGGCGGGCACAACCUGAGCCUGCGGCACUCACUGGAGCUGCUGGUGCUGGAUGAGGCCGAUCUGCUGCUGUCCUUUGGGUUUGGGGAUGACAUCAAGACCCUCCUCUGCCACCUGCCCAAGAUCUACCAGGCCCUGCUGGUGUCGGCCACGUUCAACCCCGAGCUGGAGGCGCUGCAGGAGCUUGUGCUGCACAACCCCGUGCUGGUGCUGCCCCCGGAGCCGCGGCUGCCGGGCCAUUCCCAGCUGCAGCAGUUCCAGGUGCGCUGUGGGACGGAGGAGGACAAGUUCCUGGUGCUCGUGGCGCUGCUGCAGCUGCGGCUGCUGCGGGGCCGGGCCCUGCUCUUCGUGGGCAGCCUGGCCAGGGCCUUCCGCCUCAAGCUCUUCCUCGAGCAGUUCGGCAUCCCCGCCUGCACCCUCAACUCCGAGCUGCCCGCGGCCUCCCGGUGCCACGUCAUCGCCCAGUUCAACCGUGGCCUCUACGACUUCAUCGUGGCCACCGACGAGGAGGGGCCUGUGGAGACCCCCCAGCGCCAAGCACGGAAAGGGGGGACCCCAGGGAAGGGGAAGGGGAAGGCCAAGGCCAAGGGGAAGGCCAAGGCCCAGGACCCUGAGUACGGGGUUGCGCGGGGCAUCGACUUCCAGAACGUCUCGGCCGUCAUCAACUUCGACGUCCCCCCCACAGUCGAGUCCUACAUCCACCGUGUGGGCAGGACAGCCCGUGGUGACAACCCUGGCACAGCACUGACCCUGGCGCUGCCCGAGGAGCACGAGGGGCUCACCCGCAUCGAGGACGCGCUGGCAGGAGAGAACGGGCAGUCCAUGCUCCAGCCCUACAAGUUCUGCAUGGAGGAGAUUGAGUCACUGCGCUACCGCUGCCGGGAUGCCAUGCGCUCGGUGACCAAGCAGGCGGUGAAGGAGGCGCGGCUGCGCGAGAUCAGGGACGAGCUGCUCAACUCCGAGAAGCUCAAGGCCUAUUUCGAGGACAACCCCCGGGACCUGCACGUGCUGCGCCACGACAAGCCCCUGCACCCAGCCAUCGUGAAACCUCACCUGAGGAACGUGCCAGACUACCUGGUGCCACCCAGCCUCCGGGGCAUUGCCAGGCCUGGCCCCAGGAAACGAAAGGGCCCCCGAGUGCUCCGAGGGCCCAGUGCCCACAAGGGGAAACGGGCUCCCCGUGGCACCGGGAACCCUCUGCAGAGCUUCAAGUUCUCCCGACGUGGUGCCAAGGGCCGGGCUGUGCCCACCCCCUGACCCCCCCUGUGCCCCUCUGGGGGUCUGUGGGCUGUGCUGUGCCCCCCUGCAUCCCCCCAGGGCCCGGGGGCUGUGCUGUGCCCAAUAAAGGCCUCCCCAUCCUUCACCCCGAUCCACCGUGCCGGGUACUGCUCCUUCUACGGCGAGUGCGGGCGCAACCCCGAGGUGA